CUGGCCUGGCAUCAUUCUAAGUGCCGAGCCGAAAUGAUUUCGAUGGACGUCACUUACAAAAACGUCCAGACCGAAGUAACAUCAUUCUGUCGCACCCCCCUUUCGUUCCCCAUAAAUUGAAACUGUUAAAGAGCCAUGGUUUGACAGCAAGCUAGUGGCCACGCUUCUGUCUACUCUCAAGAACUUACAAAGUGCUACAAUUCCUUUCAUUCUCGUCCCCAGCCAGGAGCUAGAACUAAACUCUACGCUACCCCCAGCUUUCUUUUCGCCCUCCAUUCCCAUCCUCUUCUGUUUCGAUAUAUCUUCCAGUGCUAUACACUAUACACAAGUUUCUACUUGUCCACUAGCUGGAUUUACAUUUGGCAAGCUUGACUCAUACCCAUUGGUACUUUCCUUUCCCGGCAUUGGCCAAGUGUAUCCCCGCACAGCGGAACAUUUUUCAUAAUGCGAGUUAUCAUCCGCAACACUGCUCUGGAGGCUUCGGAAUAUAUUGCCGAUUAUAUCAUCAGCCGCAUUCAGAGAUUUCAACCAACUGAAAACCAACCAUUUGUACUCGGCUUGCCAACCGGAAGUAGUCCGGAGAUCAUCUACAAGACUCUGGUGAGCCGGCACAGGAAGGGCGAGAUAUCCUUUAAGAAUGUCGUAACUUUCAACAUGGACGAGUAUGUCGGAUUGCCUCGGGAUCAUCCAGAAUCAUACCACAGCUUCAUGUAUAAGCAUUUUUUCUCUCAUGUGGACAUCCCGCCCCAGAAUGUUAACAUUCUUGACGGUAACGCUCCGGAUCUCGCAGUCGAGUGUGCUUCUUUCGAGGCCCGAAUCGCUCGGUACGGCGGCAUCGAACUCUUCCUAGGUGGUGUGGGCCCCGAUGGACAUAUCGCCUUCAACGAGCCAGGCUCCUCAUUGAGCAGUCGGACGCGGGUUAAAACUCUAGCGUAUGACACGAUCUUAGCCAAUUCACGGUUUUUCGACAAUGAUGUGGAUCAGGUACCCCGACAUGCAUUGACUGUUGGCAUUCAGACCAUUAUGGAGGCACGGGAGGUGGUGAUAGUUGCUACCGGUGCUCACAAGGCUCUCGCAGUGGAGAAAGGCCUUGAAGGGGGCGUCAAUCACAUGUGGACGCUCUCGGCCUUGCAGUUGCACCCACACCCACUCAUUGUGUGCGAUCGAGAUGCGACUCUGGAGCUGAAGGUCAAAACAGUGCGUUAUUUUGAGUCUAUUGAACAAGCCGGUACAGAUGCGCGCACUCAAGGCCCACCUCUUGCUUAUCGACCUCGAAUGUACGUUCCCGGCCCAGUCGGGUUGGGCAAAACUCAUCAGGAACUUACGCCGCAAACUACACCACAAAAGGUCCCUAAGGAUUUGAGAAUCAACACGGAAUUAAGUCGCUCGAUGGAAGACGAUGAACUAACACCUGACAGUAUGUCCUCACGAAUGGUUGACUCGGCGAUCGGCGGGCUGGAUUCAGCAUUAAAGGGCGAUUUAUUUUUCGACCGCAUGGGAGCUAGGGUUCUCUCACACUGAUCGGAUGCCUUAGGGAAGUAACAGAAUUUGGAUCGGCAGUUAUUUUGCUGGAGAGCCGCCGAAGGUAAAGGGAAAUGUAAUCUGACCGCGGAAGACUGAAUACAAUUGUUUGCUUGACAUCAUUACUCAGUUGAUUUGUACUUCUCUGUGCAUGGCUUUCUCAAGUUAGUUUGAAAUUCCUCGGAAAGGCCAUCUUCGCAGAGAAGCUGAGAUGGAAGAUUGUUUAGCCGGAGAGUAGAGAUCAGCUGUGCUCUGUUUUACUAGACAAGAAGCAUACAAAAGCAC